UUCAUCGCAUUCAAAACUUCGAAACCCUACGUCCGCGUUACCAUCCACAAUGUCGAGCUCCAGCAUAUGUGCGCCAUGUUCAGACAGCCCACUCUCAAUCACCGGGAAUGUCAUUUCGACUGUGACGUUUGUUUACGUGCUGGUAGUGGGUGUAUGCUGGCGAGCGAACAUAAUGCGCAAUGCGCGUCACGAGCUUGCGGGGCUUCUCGAAGAGUACGAUAGUCGCAAGGAACGUAUGAUGGCUCUCUCGGAAAAGCUUGAUGACCUAGAAACUAGAAAAACCAACUCCAAGCUGCAAACUGCAAGGACGGCGGUGAGAUAUGCGGAAGCGGAGGCACAAGCAUUCGAAUGGAUCAGGUCGAGAGAUGAUAUUAGGAGUCUAAGAGGUAUUCUGGGUUGGGUUAGUAACCGAGAUAGCUACAAGGGUGGAAUGGAAAGGAUGCAAAUCUGGACACAGAUUUCCCGAGAGAUCAUGGAUGAAGCCGACGAUGACUCAGUGAAUAAUCGGAAUACUUUGGAAAGUCUCAAAACUAGCAGCAUGAUGAUUCACGACUUACUCCGUGCACUGGAAUCUAAGCUCGAAUCUAUUACCGCUGGUGAAUCAUAA